AUGCUAUCUAAAUUCAGAUUCGGCUCACGGGUAGUCUUGUCUAGACACUCCUUCCAAUAUUCCAAGGCUCUAUCUGAGUUUCUACCUGCGUCUUCGACGAAUCAAAGUUAUAGUCAGCUCUUGGACAUCCCUAACUCGAAUUCUCGCGAGCAAGCCGAACAGCACGUUUCCCGUGUUGAGUCAAUUGUAGGCGAUAUCGACUUAGAUUUGUUUCGUAGAAUCGCAUGGGUUCCUGAAACUCCGUUGCUUCUUAGAAACUUCCAUAAUUUACCUGCCGUACAAAAAUGGUUCCAACACGGCACUGAAGACUCUCAUACUCGCUUCACACAGUACAUACGGCCCUAUGAAGAUCUUAUCCUACCAUAUGAGUUCACCGUUCCCCAUCCUUCUCCCGAAGGAAAGGGCUCAGAGGACAAUGCCUUGGCAUAUUUUCAAACAUGGCUUCUUGAGUCCAAUGAGUAUAAGAAGUCGCAUUUACCAGUGAUCAUUGAGGCUAUGGUUAAAUCGUCAAGUGAUGACGGCCCUUUUGGAAAUUUUUCAAAUUUCCAACAAUUCGAUGCGCCCUUAAGUUUGAUUAUGAGUGCAUCUCAGUUCAAUGACACUCAAAGUGAACCCUCUAAGCGCAUCACAAAUCUCUAUGUUGCUCAAUCUAAUCUGAACGACCUACCUAAGCCCCUUUUUGAGGACUUACCUGUGCCUAAUAUUGUCAAAUACGCUGGCAAGGGAGAUAUAUAUAGCUCGAGCAUCUGGCUUGGGUUGCAGCCCACAUAUACCCCUUUACACCGAGAUCCAAAUCCGAAUGUGUUCUACCAGCUUGUAAGCUCAAAAAGAAUACGUCUUAUGGCACCAGACCAAGGCGAUGACAUAUAUGCUCGUGUCCGCAGAAUGCUUGGCUCGUCGGGAAACUCGCGAUUCAGAGGUACAGAAAUGAUGGAGGGCCGCGAACGUGAAUUACUUCAUCAUGCGGUUUGGAAUGAAGAGACAAUAGAUGAAGUAUCAUUAAACCCUGGCGAUGGCUUAUUUAUCCCUAAGGGCUGGUGGCAUAGCGUUGCUAGUAGUGGCAAGGAGGGUGAAUUGAACGCUUCGGUCAAUUGGUGGUACAGAUAG